AUGAUCGAGAAUGGUUAUUUAAAUUUGCUCGAGCAAACUCUGACAUACAAAGCUGUGAAUCUAGGAAGCUGGCUUCUUGCUGAGAGGUGGUUGCUGCCUCCUCUCUUUGAUGGAAUUGUCAAUAGUGAUCUCUUGCCAAUGGCGGUUCAGCUUCUUGUUGGGAAACAUUCCGCCUUUGGAGGGUCAACGACGCAUCCUUCAAUCUUAGAGUGUUCAACAAGAAAUUUAUAUGGUAAUAAACCAAGUUUAGGAGGAAUAGGGUUGAUGAAUGAGCCACAAGGUGUCAACAUUGAUAACCUCAAGAAGUAUUACAAGGUAGCUUAUGAUACUGUGAGAAAAUACAGCCCGAAUGCUUAUGUGAUCAUGUCGAAUCCAUUGGAUGAAAAUUCUAAAGUUCAUCUCUCAUUUGUUAGUGGCUUCAACAAAGUAGUCCUUGAUGUGCAUUACUACAAUCUUUAUUCGGAUACAUUCAAUCACAUGAAUGUUCAGUAA